UUUUUAGUGGACAUUAGCAGUGGCUUUUCAGCUCUCUGUCUCUCCAUCCUCUGUGAGAUUACACCCCACACCACUCCACCCCACCUACACGUAGAAAUGAAAAUAAAAGGAAAAGAAAAAUUAAGGGCAUGCAUGAUAUUUUACUCUCUUUUUGUGCUUUUAUAUUUAUCUUUACUGUUAGUGGGCUAGUCCUUAUUAUUUUUCCCCAUCUACACUACUUUUCCUGAUUCUCUGAGAAGGAGACAACUCUGAGUACUUGUUUUCAAGUCAUAUUGUGGCUUUUCUUUAGUAGUGGUGCUUUUGCAUUUUUAUUUUUUUGGAGGAUAUCUGGUGUGAAAUGGCCAAAUGCGCGGGCCUGUCUUCGGAUGAGCUUUUGAGAUCAAAAGAUUGGAGAAAAUGAUUGAUUUUGCUAGCAGUUUGUUGAGUUUUUCUUUUGCUUCACUUCUUGAGAUCUAAAGGCAGUGUAUUAAUCGAUGAUACUGGAGUGACUAAUGGAGUUGGACUUCGACAAGUAUUGUGUUGUAGAAGGAAGUCCCACAACAGUCCUACAGGCUCCUAGACCUCAGUCGAAAGUGGGAAAUAGAAAAUCAAAUGGAAAUCUCAAAUGUGGAAAUGAUAUACGGACUAUCAACGAAAACUUUGCUGAGAUUAGCUUUAAUCGCUACCGUAGUGCAUCUUGUAGAGAUGUUCCACGUACAAGCGCCAAACGAGAAGGUAAUGAGGUGCUGAGGAGGGGUUCGGUUUAUCAAAGUUCUAGGGAAGUGAGGCUGAAGAAAAAAAUAGUUCCUGUAGAGGGAAGGAAAAAAAUUGAGCUCUCGCGAGGGAGUGCACCUAUAUUGCCAUUUGGAAUUAUUGAUUCCUUGUGUAGCUCAGAUGAAGAUAGUUUACCAGUUGACCGGAAAAGGUCCUCAGUAAUGUUGCUAAACUCAGAUCAAAGUACAGCAUCUGUUAGCAAUCCCUGUAUAGAGUUGAGUUCUCGGAAUUAUUUAAAUCAUUCUUUCCGUCCUUGUCCAGGAAAAAGUUUCCCACCAAAUGUUUCUUCUUUAUGUUUGGAUUAUGGAGAAAACCAAUCUGUUGUUGAUGCAAAUAGCCAGCCGGUUCAGGAUCCCAAGACCACUUGUGAACCCGUGACUGGUCCUGUAAAUGAUGGAAACAUCUUACGGUAUAGAGAUCAAGAUGUCAUUUAUCACAAGUCAUUAUCAGAAAAAUUGGCUUUAUCGCAUUUUCCUUCUCGAUCAGAGAGUGAUAGCUCGAGGGCCAGCAGUCCAAAAGUCCGGUUUAGUCCUGUUAGAAAGUUGUUCGAUCCAUUUGUUAAAGCCAAGUCUCAGAGAAGUCCGUUGAGUUCUGCUAAUGAAGCUGGCCAGGAAACAUUAACUGGGAUAAAACCUAACAAAAUAUUGCUUGAAUCCCUGCCGCAAGAUUUAGCUGAAAUACCAAACGAUUUGGAAUGCAAUUCUUGGUGUCAAGAGAAAGAGAACUGUUCUUCAGUUUUGCAGUGUUCUCCAGCCCACCUACAUGGCGUUCUCAAGUUGGAAAAUAAACACGGAGUGCCAUUUUUUAAGUUUUCAGUUAAGUCACCGGAAGAUGUUUAUGUGGCAAAGACAUGGAAACCAGAUAAUGCUUUAACUUCGGUCUACACCUUCCAUUCACUUCACCAUAGAAGAAAGAAUAAUGCUAGUGGGUGGGGAUUGAGAAAUGACAACAAGGAAUCGUCUGUGGUGGGACAGAUGCAAGUUUCAUGUUAUCUAUGUACCGAAUUAAAAGGUGCUGGUUCUUUUGACAACUCUAUGGUGACAGAAUUCGUGUUGUAUGACAUCGCACAUCCAACGAAAAGUAUUUCCUCUCAAGAUAAUUCCAAUUCAUCCCUUGAUGUUGCUAAAGCAGCCCGGGUUUCUGAUGAAAUUUUGUAUUGUGGUAAUCCUGAACUGGAUGAGGUCUCUACUAGGAAGAAGACUAAACUUCAACUUAAGCAUUCUCGUGACAGUGGUCACUUCAACUCAUCAACUCCACUUCCUCUGCUGGCAGCAGAAUUGCAUCCGGAGCUUGAAAUUGCAGCUAUAAUUAUGCAAAUUCCUUUUGCGAAGAGAGAGAGUCUGAAAUUUAAGAGUCGGGAUCGAGAGAAUGAUAAGCUGAUUUCUCAGUUGCUUGUUGCUGGUGGGCUCAAGCAGCGAAAGGCAGGUAUUUCUGAUUCUGCGAGUCCUGGAAAAAUGCACGUUGUGAUUCCAUCUGGAAACCACAGUUUGCCAAGUUGUGAAAGUCGAGGCCCUUCUCCAUUACUAGAUAGAUGGAGGUUAGGUGGAGGAUGCGAUUGUGGUGGCUGGGACAUGGCAUGCCCUCUUAAUAUUUUCGACAAUCCGAAUAUUCAAAUUACUGAAGACCAUCCCCCGGUGGACAAUCAGCAUCCAUUGGAACUUUUUGUUCAGGGACGAAGAGAUAGUAUACCGGCACUGACCAUGAGGGCUACUGAUGAUGGACAAUACACUAUUGAUUUUCAUGCUCAGUUAUCUUCUCUACAAGCAUUCUCAAUUUGUGUUGCUAUUUUGCAUACUGCAGAAGCCUCCACCGCCGUCGGGAAGGAGAGAAACAAAGAAGCGUUGCAAUGUGAUUCCAUGAGGGUGUUCGCCGAGGAGGAAAUCAAAGGUUUGAUGGAUGCAAUAGCAGACGACGAGAAAUGCGAAGUUAACAAGAAAAUGGAAGAAGUUUUGCCAUCUUUUGUACUCGAUCCACCCUUCUCUCCAAUUGCUCGAGUAUAGUAGCUCUUGAACAAGUUGAGAUCAAUACCAAUCUUCUCUGUAUCGAUCCAAUUUUGUCACGAGAUACUUUCCACUACCCCUCAACCAUAGGAUGCUCAAAUCAAAUUCAGGCAAAGUUCUUUAUGGGGCUACUCUAAAGACAAGGAUCGCUGCGUUGGAGCCGGGAAACUAUUUUUUUUCUUGGUAUAUUUAAUUUUUUACAUCCAAAAUUUGAACAAAAAAUUAUACUUCUUAUAUAGUUAGAUUGAUAAGUUAGGGAGGAAAUAGUGACCAGUUAAUCAGUGAGAAGUACCUUUUGGGAGUCAUUUGUGACGCUUUUAUAUUGCUUGUUGUACCUACACAAUAAAAGGAAUAUAACCCUUUUUUUCUUUUUUCCA